CUACACUCAUGAAGAUAACUAUCAAUGUGUCGAUGCUUCCGAAUACAGAUAUGAAAUUGACACCAGCCCUGUACAUAAAUAUAAUGAUUUUAAUACAAUAUUUUCGGUACUUUGGACAGCCGAUCAUGGCCGAGCAGGAUUAUCAAUCACAUACAUACACACGCCGUCGUCCAAAAUGGAAAUAUACAUGUUUAUAGCCUAUGCAAAUAGUACAUUAAUAAGUUUCGCCAAACUAUUGAAAUUUGAAGAUGUUAAGACAAUAACAUUUAAUGAUAUUGGUUUCACAAAAAAUCAAGAAUAUAUGUUAUCGUUAAAAAUGAAAAUGAAUAGUGAUAAUUACUACCGAGGACGCUAUAAUUAUGGGUAUAAUGGAUUUUGGUUUGGAGUUGUACGGAUUGCCGAAUCUUCAAAUUAUGAUGAAGAAGAUGUUCGAAUCGUAUAUGAUUUUGAAGAUGAAGCAAAGUCAUUCGACGUACUUGGAAACUAUAAAACAUAUAAUGAAAUUGAGAGUAAGAAACGGAAAUCGGAAUGUUUAAAUGGUGGAUACAGUGUACCUCCAAUGAAUAAUUGUAUUUGCCCUCCUGGAUUUAUUGGAAAUCUAUGUGAAACAGCAUGUGGACCAAAUUCUUAUGGAUUUGAUUGUAAAGGUGUUUGUUCUAUGCAUUCAUCAGAAAUGUGUCGCGGUAUGUACAUGUGUACGAAAUUCGGAUGCACUUGUCCACCGGGUUUGACUGGACCUUUGUGUAAUAGAGACUGUGAAUUAGGUAAAUUUGGCGCAGAUUGCAAUCAACAUUGUUCGUCAAAUUGUGAUAAUGGAAUGUGUGAUCGAUACACGGGUAUCUGUUCAUAUGGGUGUUCACCACAGUAUGUACUACCACAUUGUUUACAAAAAUAUCCAUAUCUCAUAAAUCCACCGAAACUGCUAUCAAACGAAUACCAGUCAAUAGAAGUAGAAUGUGAUUUCCAAUCUUCUAAUGUAAUGGGUGAAGAUAAAAAUAUUAAGUUGCAAUAUUAUCAAAUGGUUUACAAGACGUUAAAAGAAGAUCAAUUUAUUAGUUCUGAUAUCAAACUCAUUAUUGAAAAUAGUAAUGGAACCAAAGAAACUUUAAGUGAUUUAGAACCAGAUACUGUAUAUUUAGUUGGUGUUAUUUUAAUAACAGAUGAUGGUAAUUUUAAUGAUCAAGAUAUAGUAUAUGGCGAAUUUAAGACGUCAUGUAUACCACCAAAUAUUGAUGAUUUUAAUGUAAUACUUGUAAGUGGAAUACAAAGCAUCAACGUGWCAUGGAAUAAAACAACUACUACUAUGACCAGAUUUGAAUGCAAUAUUAUUGAAUAUUUAUUDAUGUUGUCGUACAAUCAGUCACAGAACCAACUAUCUGGUGUACAGAAAAUAAGAUCAAAUUCAACUAGUGGACACUAUAUAUACGACCUUAUACCUGGUUAUCGUUACAAUAUACAAUUAAUUCUAAAUACAACUAAAGGACAAUUAUUUUCAUCGCCUAUUUAUUCGGCUACUCCACUUUCAGGAAUUGAAUUUAAAGUUAAAGAUAUUUCUUCGAUCGGUGAAAAUGGAAAGAUUAAAGUAUCCUGGAAAUUAGGAUAUAUUUAUGAACGUUUUAAUGUUACGGUAAAAUCAGUAGUAGUUGAACCAGUCACGUGCACUUUAAGAUACAAAAUCAACCGAAUUCUCAGUUGUACUUUGCAAGAAUUAGAAAAUAGUUGGACGUCGGUCACGAUUUCCAAUCAAACUARCUACGAAAUAUUAGACGUAGUGCCUAAUUCACAAUACUUAAUUCAAGUUCUGACCGGUUACAAUAGUCAAACGAUAUACACGUUAACGUCGACUUCAAAACCAAACAUAGCACCAGUUAUCGAUCUCGAAAAACCAAUGUACAUAACAAAUAAUUCCGUAUUUGUUCAAUGGAAAUUUGAUUUUUUUAACUGUUCUAAGUUGAAUGGGUUCUUUUCAAAAUACUUAGUGGAAUUAAAGGAGAAGAGAAAUAAUAGUUUACGAGUAAAUGAAACGAAAAUUCUAGGCUUAGUGAAUGAUUUAAUGGUGUACAAAACAAAUGUGAAAGAUAAAAUGGUUGGACUUCGUUGGUACUAUCCUGAUGAUUCAAAUUUAGAAGGAUUUAUAAUUUCAUUCGACGAUGGCCCUUUUAUCACACACGAAAAAAAUGUUACUAUUGUUCCACCAAACAAGUGUUCAGCUUGGCCAGAAUAUUUCUGUCAUACAUUUUAUGAUUUGAGUUUUAGUAAAAAUUCUAAGUUUAAAGUUCAGGCCAAGUCACUUGAUUAUCCAGGGGGUGGUUUAUCUUCGUCAAUAACUGUUACCAAUAUUGAUGGGUUUCCCGAUCCUCCAAGAAAUACAAAAAUUAUUGAUGUUGGAAAAACAUAUAUUUCUCUUCAGUGGGAUAUUCCAUGGAUAUUCAAUGGUGUAUUGAAAAUGUUUGUAAUUAAUGUAGAAGAAAUAUCAAAAUUGGAUAUGAGCCAGUGUUGUGUUAACAUUAAUCCGACAGAAAUCCCAUUCAACGAAGAAGUACCGUCUUAUAAUUAUACGCUAACGGGGUUACAACCAGGCUCAACAUAUUCAGUUGGUGUGUUAUCCGUAUCAAAAUCGUUGUGGUAUAGUUCUCCAGCAACAAUUGAUUAUUAUGUUAAGACACUUAUAUAGAUGCAUAAAUGAAAAAUGCCAUAAAACAUAUACCUACUAUUAAUCUAUA